AGCAAUUUGUCGCACAAUCCUUUGUCGCUCCACCGAAAGCCCCCCUUUUCCAGGCGAAAAUGUGCCAUUUCCGUCCGUGUCAAUAUGUUCCAACAAUCGCAUUUCCAUGCAGGCUGUAUCCACGGAUUGCCAGGUCCUCUUCGCCAUUUCAGCUAAUAUAGGCAGAAUUUCUCCGUGCAAGCCACAAGUUUAUCUCUCUUUAAAGCAGCGGUUUAGAUCAAGUAUUUCAGAGGACUAGAGGUCAGCUUCAUCUCUAAUUAAAUAUUUCCAGUAAUUUGUCUCUACUUAAUCUUGAGUAUUUCGUAGGAAUCUGUAUUUCUAUGCCCACCACCGGAAAUUGUCCUUCGUUUGCCUAAGCAGCUCAUAAUCCGAAGGAGGAGGGGAACAUGCUUUUUUUUGGGGGGCAAGAAACAAGGACGCAACUUGCUACUGCUGUUGCUGAUGAUGAUGAUGUUUCCGCUGGCUGACAUUUAACGCACAUUUAACUAAUUUCGUUUUAAAUUGUUGACAAUUAAGGGAAAUUGCCAAGACGAAUCGAGAGCAGGCCCUCCUGGUUCUGCCCCCAGCGAACACCACGUGCCAUGUCGCAGUUAAUUUGUUGGCAAUAAGUUGGAGCACCAGGCCUAAUUACAACAACACGCACGACAUGACUGCGAAAUUUUCAUUAAAAUCGGCCCGUACUCGCAAGCACAAUGCCAGUUGCAAUGGAGUCCUUGGAUCAGAAGCCCUUUCGCUUGGCGGUGGGCCGAGCUGCCUGGUGGAUACCCAAUCCCGGAAGGGUAGCACGAUACCCACCCAUCCGCACUCUGGCACCCAACCACUUACCUGGAACUUCCGCGGAGGAUACGCGAAAAUUGUCAUUUGCCGCAGCUUUAAAGGAUUUGCUGCAGAACCUGUCGUUCCAUUGUUACAGCAAAUUAGUGGAGUCGGGUCGGCGGAUCCAGGAGCGUUUCUUUUGGUUCGUUUUCCACAUAACCGCUCUGACCGUGCUAAUUGCAUUCCUCUGGGGCACCUACACCAAGGAGCAGGAGGCCUUGGUGACAACCAUGUACCAUCCGAUGUAUCCGAUUUGGAAGGUGGAGUUCCCAGCCAUAUCGGUGUGCAGCUUGAACCGCAUCUCCCAACGUGCGGCCUGGCAAUAUGCCCACAAUCUAAGUGGCAAAGAUCCCAAGCAGCGCAAUGCCAGCCAUUUCUACGACCAACUGAAGGCCUUUAUGUACAUGUACUACGAUCCCUCGGAUCUGAUGGACAUAGACAAUGCUCUUCGCUUUCAGAGUUUCCUGGACAAAUUUGAUACGGCUAAAGAAGAGCUCUUCUUUAACACAAGGAAUCGCAUGAGUGCCCUCACCCCGAACUGCAGUGAUAUGUUUGUGAGCUGCAGAAUCGCCGGUCGUCUGUUCGACUGCAUGGAUAAGUUUGAGACGACCCUGACCAGUCAUGGCUUCUGCUGCACAUUCAACUACGAUGGAAGAUAUGUAAAUAAAAGGGACUUUAGGCAGCGCUACUUCGGACCCGACAUGGGAUUGGUUUUGACUCUGAAAACAGACCCCAGUGACAACUUUUACAAGAUUAAUGGCCACAAUGGCUAUCCGGACCCCUACUCCGGCGGAGUGGCCGAACGGGUGGCCGAGACCGGCUUUAACACCUUGUUGCCGGUGAGGGCUAAGAUUUUCGAGACUCUGCCCGAGGCGCGCAGUAUGAGCUCGUCGGUGCGCAAGUGUCUGUUUGAGAACGAGAUGCCGUGGAUCUUCGCCCGUCAUUAUACCUUCAGCAAGUGCAUCUCGGCCUGCAGGGCGCAGAGUGUGGUCAGCCUGUGCGAGUGCGUUCCGUUCCACCUGCCGCACAGAUACAUCGAUGGGAGCGAGAAGAGGAUCUACUGCACUCUGCAGCACCUGGCUUGUCUCAAGCGCUACGAGUUCAAGUGGUUGAACGUCAUCACCAGUCGCGAGAACGUGACGGGUCUGGAGCACGAGCUGCAGGACGCCCUCUACUGCCCGCUCUGCCUGGCCUCCUGCACGGAGACGCGCUAUAGUGUCCGGGGAGCCAUGACACUGGGCCUGCCCACUCCCAGCCAGAUCAAGGGUCCUGCGCGAAGCAAUCCCGGACCGCGUGCCAAUAACAGUUACGGCCCAGCAUCGAGUUCCGGAUCCGGAAAGGGCCCAGUCCACAGCUCAUCCGCCCCCGCCGAGCUGGCCGUGGUGCGUAUUUAUUUUGCCGAAACGCACAUUCAAUACUUUCGCCAGAUUAUUAAGUGCGCCUGGUACGAGACCUUCAGUGAGUAUGCUCGUUUUGGCAUCUCCGCAUCUCACCCACCAUUUAUGUGUGUUCCCGUGCCAGGUACAAUUGGCAACAUCUGCGGCAUUAUAGCCGGUUUCUCGCUGAUUGGCAUCUGCGAGCUGUUGUUUUUUCUAGCCAAACAAUUAUGGCAGGCAUGCCGCGCGGAGCUGCGGGCCGAGCUCGCCCACAUCCACGUCCAAAUCCGGAAUGCGCAGGUAGCGGAACCAGAACCGGAAGCGGAGCGGCCGAUGAAGUUGUUUAUACUGCCGUAAUUGAGCGCGAUGCAUCGUUAACUUUAAAGCCCACUGAUUUUUAUGCACAUCCUUCGGACCUCAUGUGUACCUUCCAAGCAACUCGAGUGCACUUACUUUGCAUUGCCAUUGUCGCAUAAAAACAAACAGAACUCACGUACGAUUGCCAAUUGGCGAGGUUGCCAAAAAGGCCCAGACGGUGACAUUAGCGCCGGUUGCCGGCCAGUUGCCACAUUUCCCGGCUGGCCAGUUGCCCGAAUGGGACAGGGGUCACUCGACCAGUUAUGGGCCGCAGAUUCCGGAGUUCAGAAGAAGAAUAUACUACACCAAAAACAUUUGUUUUCACAUCGAAG